GCUCCUUGACUCAUUCGCCCAUCCAGCUGUUUUACACGAGGAGUCUACUCUACUGUGAGAGCACAGCCCGCGAGGAUCCUCAACAGCUGUGUGAAACUCCUCGAGGAUUCUGGCGCAAUGUGGGUGUUUCUUCUGUUGCUGGUCUCAGUGGCGUGCGUGCCCUCCCCCUCGCGGCCCCUGACCCGCCCAUGCAGACGCUGCUGUGACCACCUGGAACCCCCAGCUGCCGGCUCUGCCCACUCCCAGCCCCCCCCAGAUAGUCCCGCACGCUACCAGGCCGCCACUGAGGUCCACACCAUCAUCAACAUGACCAUCCUUAAAGGUGACAAGGGCGACAGAGGAGAGAGAGGCACGCUCGGCAAGCCCGGCCUGGAAGGCACUCCCGGCUUCAGGGGCCCCUUCGGCCCCAAGGGCAGCAAGGGCCAGGCCGGGGCCCCGGGGGACGCCUGCAAGACAACGCACUCCUCCUUCUCGGUGGGGCGUCGCAAGGCGCUGCACAGCGUGGACUACUACCAGCCGCUGGUGUUCGACACGGUGUUCGUCAACCUGCUGGGCCACUUCAACAUGUUCAAGGGCAAGUUCUACUGCUCCGUGCCGGGCGUGUACUACUUCAACGUCAACAUCCACACGUGGAACUUCAAGGAGACCUACCUGCACCUGAUGCACAACGACGAGGAGCAGGUGAUCCUGUACGCGCAGCCCAGCGAGCGCUCCAUCAUGCAGAGCCAGAGCGUGCUGCUGGACCUGGCGGCCGGCGACGAGGUGUGGGUGCGCCUGUACAAGCGCGAGCGGGAGAACGCUGUGUACAGCGACGACGUCGACGUCUACAUCACCUUCAACGGGUACCUGGUGGCGCCCGGGAGCCACUGAGCCAGGGGGAGGGUGUAGGGUCGGAUGGAGAGGAUCUCAGGGUUUAAGCUGGGGGGGGUCGCUUCAUGGCGUUGGUGGAGGAGAUGGAGGAGAUGGAGGAGGAGGUGGAGAAGGGCGUUGGGGGCCGUGAGUUUGGUGCUAAACCGAUUUUUUUCUCUUUUUAUAUUUUUUACUUAUUUUCGGAUAGUUAAGAUAGGAGACUGCCCAGCCCCUGACCUAAGUCAUCUAUGCAGAUACUUUAAUAAACUUCAAUGAUGAUCUGUCCGAAAUGACGACAAAACAACGUUCAUUGAGAAGAUUUAUGGCAAACAGUAUUAACUGGGAUUCACUGAACAUCUCUCCCACGGUUUUGUGGUGCAUGAAAACAACUUAAAUUAGAGUGCACUCAUUAAUCAAUGUUUGUUUGAAAUGUUAAGAGACAGGGAGGAACUUUACUUUUAGCAAUAAAAACAAUUAGUGUUGUGCUACACAUAAAAGUGGCCUCCGUAGAAACGAGACAAUUCAAAUUAGCAAAACGAGGCAAUCAAUGUUAAAAGAGAAACAUGAGGUGCUAUGGCUGCACUAGGCGCAGUGUAACAAAAUACUAGAGAGACACUUCACUGCAGAGCAGAUGAAACCAUGUACAUAGCUGUACAGUACAUAUCUUCCAAAGCUCUUCCACAACGGCCUUCUGAGCUGUUGAUGUCCUGUCUAUCAAGAAGGCCGUUCAGGCCUGGCUGCGCAUCAAAGUAUUCAGAUCCAGACCAUGAUGUCAUUCUUAUUUGUUGUUGAGCAAUUAUUGUUAAUAAAAUGAUGUUAAUGUGUAAUUUUGAUAAAACAAAAG